CGCGGCGGCGCGGGGACGCGCGGUGACCGUUGGCGCCGAGGGGAGGAGGCAGCCGCCGCCGCCGCCGCCGCCGUUGCGCAGAUCCGGGCCGCGGCUGUGGGGAGGGCGACGGAGCUGGUGACCUUCCGGAGGCGGGAGCGAGCGAGGAGGCCCGGGAGCGCCGAGCGCCGCCGCCGCCGCCAUGAACAACUCGGGCGCCGACGAGAUCGGGGAAAGUAGGCAGGACUAGAGAGCCACCGAUAGAACCAUCUCUUCCCUGCUUCCUGGGUUUGGGGGAAGCUUGAAUGACAUCUAAGGCCCUGUGCCUCGGAAGCUCUUCGUGGGCGGUCUGGACUGGAGCACGACCCAAGAGACUCUGCGCAGCUACUUUUCCCAAUAUGGAGAAGUCGUAGACUGUGUUAUCAUGAAAGAUAAAACCACCAACCAGUCUCGAGGGUUUGGGUUUGUCAAAUUUAAAGACCCAAACUGUGUGGGGACAGUGCUGGCCAGCAGACCGCACACGCUAGACGGCCGAAACAUCGACCCCAAGCCAUGCACACCCCGAGGGAUGCAGCCAGAGAGAACGCGGCCGAAGGAAGGAUGGCAGAAAGGACCCAGGAGCGAUAACAGUAAAUCAAAUAAGAUAUUUGUCGGUGGAAUUCCUCACAAUUGUGGUGAGACAGAGCUCAGGGAAUACUUCAAGAAGUUCGGAGUGGUCACGGAGGUAGUCAUGAUCUAUGAUGCCGAGAAGCAGAGGCCCCGAGGUUUUGGAUUUAUUACUUUCGAGGACGAACAAUCAGUGGACCAGGCUGUCAACAUGCAUUUUCACGACAUCAUGGGCAAAAAAGUGGAAGUUAAACGGGCCGAGCCUCGGGACAGCAAGAGCCAGCCGCCGGGACAGCCAGGUGCCAGCCAGUGGGGGAGCCGCGUUGUUCCCAACGCUGCCAAUGGCUGGGCAGGCCAGCCCCCACCCACGUGGCAGCAAGGAUAUGGCCCGCAAGGAAUGUGGGUGCCGGCAGGACAGGCGAUUGGUGGCUACGGACCGCCCCCUGCGGGAAGAGGAGCCCCCCCGCCGCCCCCACCAUUCACCUCCUACAUCGUGUCCACCCCUCCUGGAGGCUUCCCCCCUCCCCAGGGCUUCCCUCAGGGCUAUGGUGCCCCGCCACAGUUCAGUUUUGGCUAUGGGCCUCCACCUCCACCACCGGAUCAGUUUGCCCCUCCGGGGGUUCCUCCUCCACCGGCCACUCCCGGGGCAGCGCCUCUGGCCUUCCCUCCGCCCCCGUCUCAGGCCGCCCCGGAUAUGAGCAAGCCCCCGACAGCUCAGCCAGACUUCCCCUACGGUCAGUAUGCAGGUUACGGGCAGGACUUGAGUGGCUUUGGACAGGGCUUCUCGGACCCCAGCCAGCAGCCCCCCUCCUACGGGGGCCCCUCCGUGCCAGGGUCAGGGGGCCCCCCCGCCGGCGGCAGCGGCUUUGGACGAGGGCAGAACCACAACGUGCAAGGGUUCCACCCCUACCGACGCUAGCUGCGGCAGCGACGUCUGCACGGCCCAGACCCGGAUUCCAAACUUGUGAACUCGUGACAAUCACAAACGUGGCGGCAAAGUAGCGACUCAACCUUGGGGGGCGGGGGGAGGGCGAGAGGCUUUUGGAGCGGCUGUGGGUGUCGUCUGGACUGAAGUUUUUAAAUAUUUCUUUCUCUAACCCAUCAGCACAAUAAAAAAAAGUCACUGGUUCAACAACAGGGUUAAAAAAAAGUCUUCAGCUUUAAUUCAAAACUUCAGGUUUCUUUUUCUUCCUUUUCUUUGGAAAUUAUUUUCCUGAGCCUUUUGUUUUACGGUAUAUUGUAAACUUUUAUGUUAAAGAAAAAAUAUACAUUUACAAAUUGUGAGAUUUUUAAGAGAAAUUUUCUACGAUGUAUACUGGCUUAUUUUUUAAUUUAAAACAGGGUUUCCGUCGGCACUGGUCGAGGGGUGCGUUUCUAGUCCCCUUGCUUUGGGGGUUGGGACUCCUUGGUCCAGAAACUCUGGGAGCUUCAAGAAGAAAUCUACUGAGUGUGUUUCUGUUUUUUGUUUAAUUCCUUGCUUUCGUCGACUGACCUGCUUGGUAGUGUCUGAGGUGCACUUUGGGGCUGUGCACAGCCAGCCGCGUGGACACUGGCGGUCUGGAUCCCACGGCCGAGUAGGAGGCCAUCUCCCCAGGCACGUGCUUCAGGGUGUUUCCCAUUGACCAGUUUGACCCUGGUUUGAAUAAAAAGAAGUGCGUUUGGAUUAGAAA